UUGGGGUGGGACCGCCCGCGACCCGGGGGAGCUGCAGAGGCGGCGGUACCCAGGGAAGUGGAGCUGGGCUUGCCCUGGGGACUUGGCUGGAGCUCACACCCCUCCACGCCCCCCAAGGCCUGCGCGGGGGCCCUCCCCUAGCUCCCUCCCUCCUCCUCCUCCUCCUCCUCCUCCUCUCCUUUGCUCCCUCCCUCCGAACCCAAUUGCUCAAGCAGCUUCCUUCCCCAACGCCAGCGCCAGUUCCUCUCCCGUUGGGGCCCGGGAAGGGCAGCUAACGCUGGACACUGGGACGGCCGCGGCGGCAGCUUCAAGACCAUGGCCCAGCUCGGAGGGGCCGCGAACCGGGCACCCACGGCCUCUCUCGCGCCGACCUCGCAGAGCCUGCGGUGCGCCCCGCAGCCCCGCCCCUCGAGAGCGGACACUGGUAGCCUGGGCAGGUACUGGGGCAAAGCCGCAGCCGCCGCCUCCCGGGAGCCCCCCUUCCCAGGCACGCUGAUGCACUCUGCAGCGGGCUCGGGACGCCGGCGGGGAGCGCUGCGGGAACUGCUGGGGCUGCAGCGGGCGGCUCCUGCCGGGUGGCUGUCGGAGGAGCGCGCCGAGGAGCUGGGCGGGCCCAGUGGGCCGGGCAGCAGCAGGCUGUGCCUGGAACCGCGGGAGCACGCGUGGAUUCUGGCAGCCGCCGAGGGCCGCUAUGAGGUGCUGCGGGAGCUGCUGGAGGCUGAGCCGGAGCUGCUGCUGCGGGGCGACCCGAUCACCGGCUACUCGGUUCUGCACUGGCUGGCCAAGCACGGGCGCCACGAGGAGCUCAUUCUGGUACACGACUUCGCCCUACGCCGGGGGCUGCGGCUCGACGUGAGCGCCCCAGGCAGCGGCGGCCUCACGCCCCUCCACCUGGCGGCCCUUCAGGGCCACGACAUGGUCAUCAAGGUGCUGGUGGGCGCCCUGGGUGCUGACGCUACGCGCCGCGACCACAGCGGCCACCGGGCCUGCCACUACCUGCGGCCCGACGCGCCUUGGAGGUUGCGGGAGCUGUCGGGAGCCGAGGAAUGGGAGAUGGAGAGCGGCAGCGGGUGCACCAACCUGAACAACAACAGCAGCGGCACCACUGCGUGGAGGGCCGCGAGCGCAGUGGGCGCGACGGCUGUGGAGACAAGCAGGAGAGUGGCAGCGUCGCGGACCAAGGCGAAGGACACCGCGGGCAGCCGGGUGGCGCAAAUGCAUAGCCUUUUCCGCCAUCUGUUCCCCUCAUUCCAGGACCGUUGACAGGGACAGAGACUGGAGAGCUAGGAGGGGCCGUGACACUGUGGCGAUGGCUAGGUCCUGGGUUGUCCCGGGUUCCACCGAAGGAGAGGCGUCUUGGACGCUGCUUGGGCUUGCAAGCAACAGAACACCUCGGGGUCUGACUCAGGUACUUGUCUCAGGUCUCCUGUAACCACCGGCCUGGAGGACGCGGGGACUCGGGCACCACCUCACCAAGAGAGAGUGAAGGACCAAGCUGGCCUGGCUCCGAGUUCCAAAGCUACAGGACUAAGGAGUUGGGAGCAGGGAGCGUGGUCCUGCUUGGGAGAGGGCAAGUUAAGCUUCCAGGGGCCAUUUCUGGGCAGGCCGACGCGCUGGGUUUAUUAGGAAACAUUCGCUAGAAGAAUGAGUUAAGACUGUAAACCACCAAUGCAGAGAAAACGCCUAACUCUGCCGGCCUCGCUUGGCCAUUAAUGGGUCUUGGGGUGCGGGUAGAGUCAGCCUCUGACAACCUCCUCCUAAGACGACCCAGCCUUAGUGGUACUUUUUCUCAUGUAUCACAGGUUACUUCUUAUGUAUAUUAAAGUGGAAUAUGUGUUCUUUUCACAUGA